UGCUGGGAGGCGGGAUCGUCUCCUGCGCCGAUUCUGCAUGGGAGACGGAGGACUGCUGGCCGCGGCCAUUGGAAGGUCUCCAGGCGCCGUUACCUUUGCGCUGCUUCUCUUGCCACUGCCGGCGCCCCCAUGGCUACAGCGUCGCCCUUGAAAGUCAGCAUCGUGGGCUCAGGAAACUGGGGUUCUGCUGUGGCUAAAAUAAUAGGCAACAAUGUAAAAACGCUGCAAAAGUUCGCUUCUACAGUGAAAAUGUGGGUUUUUGAGGAAAACGUUGAUGGACGGAAAUUAACCGAUAUCAUAAAUAAUGAUCACGAGAAUGUAAAAUAUCUCCCUGGACACAAGCUUCCAGACAAUGUGGUUGCUGUCCCAAAUCUGAAGGAUGCCGUACAAGACGCAGACUUGCUGGUUUUUGUCAUUCCCCACCAGUUCAUUCAUAAAAUUUGUGAUGAGAUCACGGGGCGCGUAGCCAAGAAAGCUGUCGGUAUAACUCUCAUUAAGGGAAUAGACGAAGGUCCAGAGGGUCUCAAACUCAUAUCUGACAUCAUCCGAGAGAAAAUGGGAAUAGACAUCAGCGUGCUGAUGGGAGCAAAUAUUGCCAAUGAAGUAGCAGCAGAGAAGUUCUGCGAAACCACGAUAGGCUGCAAAAUUUUGGAGAACGGCUUCCUCUUCAAAGAACUUCUCCAGACUCCAAACUUCCGAAUAACUGUGGUGGACGAUGCCGAUACUGUUGAGCUUUGUGGUGCUCUUAAGAACAUUGUGGCUGUGGGAGCUGGCUUCUGCGAUGGCCUCCGCUGCGGCGACAACACCAAAGCAGCUGUCAUUAGGCUUGGGCUGAUGGAAAUGAUUGCCUUCGCGAAGUUCUUCUGCAAGGGGCAGGUGUCCACUGCCACUUUCCUGGAGAGCUGUGGCGUGGCAGACCUGAUCACCACGUGCUACGGGGGCCGCAAUCGGAGAGUGGCCGAAGCAUUUGUUAAAACAGGAAAGUCUAUUGAAGAAUUGGAGCAGGAGAUGCUGAAUGGACAAAAGCUUCAAGGGCCGCUGACGUCUGCAGAGGUGUAUCGCAUUCUUCAACAGAAAGGAUUAGUGGAGAAGUUUCCACUAUUUGCUGCUGUCUACCAAAUCUGCUACGAAGGGAAACCCGUCCAGGAUAUGAUUUCCUGUCUCCAGAGUCACCCCCAGCAUGUAUAACGCAUGCCUUGCCAUUGUCACAGUUCCUGCCUUUUCAUAGUAAUAUGUGGGUUCAAAUGGAUAUAAUGAAGUUUUGCAAAGCGCUCAUUCCAUUAAGCAAUCAUAGCAAAAUGAAUGUCAAUUUGUAGGUAAUUUUCAGUUUGAUGUAAUAGUGCAACGCCAAGAAUGUCAGCAGUCUUUUUUUACUGGCUAACAUUUUGGGUAGAUUUCAGAAUAACGCCAAGCAUGGCUUUCACACUCCAUGUAUGUGUCUUAGCAGUAUGGAAAAUGCUUGAUGUUUUUGUAGCCUUCAUUCUGAUGCUUUCUUUUUAUAAAGGGACCCAACUGGAGCACUCCAGUGAUUACUGGGAGAGACACAGGGACAGAUCCUUUUUCUUUUUUAUGGGCAUCGGAGAUGGCCUGAAAUGCAUUCUGCAUUGAGGCUCUUUGCUAUUUUUUUAAAAAGAGCUUCUGUAGUGUAUGCCCAGCUUUUAAUCGGGGUUACAUGCCUUUCCUUGAGAAUGUUUCUUUUCUUUAACAAAUGUUUUGAUGAUAAUCAAUUUGAUAGCAUUUAUUAGGCGAGGGAGGAGCACUUUGACCUUUUAACUUACUUACAUUUUAAAAGAGAUUUUAAGAAAUUGGUGGGGUGGGGGGAAUCAAAUGUCUUUAAAUAGUUGCAAUAUCUUUCAUCUUUUAAAAAAGGGGAAGUAAUGUAGACAGGGCCUGUGUACCAAGCAAGGGGCUUUAUAGAUAUGGCUUUGGUGCUUAGCAUCAUCCCACGUUUAUUACCAAAACAAAACUGUGGUUUUGGAACAUGAGAAUGCAAAACUGGCUUGCAAAGCUAUUCAAAGGCAUUCCCAAAAGAUACUCAAGACACAAUAUUGCUUCUGAUCUGCUGGCAUGCUCUGAUGUGUUGGAAAUGGCCAGUACGCGGAGAGGAAAAACCUCUUGCGGUUUCAUUGUCUUAGUUGUUUGUCCACUCCUCAAGUUACAUUAGAAACAGCAAAUUCUCCUGUAUCCCACAGAAAGGUUCCUACACAGGGAACUUGGUGCUGUUAUGCUGUUAUCUGACAGCAACUUGUGUGGUUGUGAUUCACAGGCCCUGCUUCCCCAGCACUUAGUAUGUUGUGCUUAGUGUAGGUCAGACUAGGUGGAUAACUUGUGGCCCUCCAGAUGUUGCAUUUUCCAUCAGCCCUAGCCAGCAUGGCUGAAGGUAAGGGAUGAUGGGAGUUGUAGUCCAUAACAUCUAGAGGUGCACAGGCUCCCCAUCCCUGGUGUAGGUAAUAUACCAGGGGUUGCUCAGAAUACCAUACACCGAGGAAUGUGAUGGCAAUUCUCAUUAGCACAUGACUGUAUAAUCAGCGAAUUCUGUUCAGUUAUGACUGUGGUUUAUUUCAGUGCCUGUUAUGACUCCUCUGCCCAGCUGUUGAAAUCUAUUAACCCACUGACUUUUAAAAUGAGAAAUGUUUCUGGGCAUUCUUCCUCGUCAAAACUGCCUUGACCUCCCUGGCGUCUUAAAGGCAUUACAGUGCAAUCCUAUAUCAGAAGUGCCAUUGAGUGCAACUGAGUGCAAUGGGACUUGCUCCCAAGUUAGAGUGUAUAGGACCGUGGUCUUAAAGACUGAAAUAAUUACUUUAUCGUGAUUUAGAGCUGUUGAAGAAUCUGAUAUAUCCCUCAAUUCCCUUGUUAGAAUUGGACAUUAAAUAGUUCGCCUAUUUAUGUUGGAAGAAAAGAUACCAAAAACUUGGGGGGGGGAUGUUGUCAGGUGUAUUAAUAUGAUUUCAUAACCUGGAGAUGAAUGCAAGUAUGACAAGUACUAGAAGACAAUCCUGUGCUGAUUAUGGAACUUUCAGAGUGGAAAUUAUUAUACAUUUAUACCCCACUUUUCCUAAAAGGGAUUGAAAGUGGUGUGUGUGGUCCUCAAGUUUAACAACCCUGUGAAAUAGGUUAGGCUGAGAUGCGAUUUGCCUAAGGUCACCCAGUGAAGCUUCAUGGUAGGAUUUGAACUUGGGUCUCCCCAGUUGUAGACCAGCAUGCUCUCGCCACUCCAGCACACUGGCUUUUAAGCUACCUUUACAUACCCUCAUAAGAGGAGUUAAUGCUAAAUAUUUUACUUCUGAUGCAUGAGCCACCAUUGCUACUAGAGGGACGCGAAAUUUUGUGUCCUGGGCUUUUUAGACUCCUCUACGCAUGACGCGGGUGGUGCUGUGGUCUAAACCACAGAGCCUUUGGCUUGCCAAUCAGAAGGUCGGUGGUUCGAAUCCCCACGACGGGGUGAGCUCCCGUUGCUCGGUCCCUGCUCCUGCCCACCUAGCAGUUCAAAAGCACGUCAAAGUGCAAGUAGAUAAAUAGGUACCACUCCGGCAGGAAGGUAAACAGCGUUUCCGUGCACUGCUCUGGUUUGCCAGAAGCGACUGUCAUGCUGGCCACAUGACCCGGAAGCUGUCUGCAGACAAACGCCCAGAGUCAUCCGCGACUGGACCUAAUGGUCAGGGGUACCUUUACCUUUACCUUUACAUACCCUCCUAGCCCUCAAAGGGAUUGGGUGUGGUAAUAAUGGUCUUUCUUGUUGGAAGUUCAACUCCUAUAUGAUUCAGAAGACCCGGAAUAGUCCUGUCUUAAAGACUACGGAAGUGCCCUGAGUAGUUUUAUUGUGCAGCCUUUUGAGGUUAUACGUGUUAUGACAAAAUGGAUGCCUGGGAAUGAAUGCCUCGCGUACAUUUAUUUACACAGCUGAGAUAGUGCUUAAAACCUGAGAAUGGAGAUUCUUUCACAUGCCCCUCCCGCCAUGCAGGGGAAAGGAUGGAAGCAGAGCAUGGUGUUCUUUGUGUGUGCUAAUUGGAUUUGCAUGUAUUUGCUACAUAGGGAGCGUCUUUAUACUGUGUUAGACCAUUGAUCCAUCCAGUGAUGUAGUGGGGGGGGGAGGCCACAGGGGCGCAAAAUUGUAGGGGCGCAAAAUUUCAACAUGCGGUGCUGCCUCACUGCAGCUGUGCACUUCCGUCACUGGGCUCCGUUGAAAACGCCUUAUCCAUGAGAAUGAGGUAAUGACCUCUCCAGACAAUGGAACGACCCCUCUUUUCUAAUCUCUGUGGCUACAAUCUCCUGGGUGAUGCAGAUGCCGUUAGGCAAUUGAAUGCACAUGUGUACUCCGUCCGUUUCCCUCCCACCCAGCCUGUCCGCGUGGCCCUGAACACUGGCAACCCAUGCUACACCACUGGAUUAAUCUACAGGUGAAACUCGGAAAAUCAGAAUAUUGUCGAAAACUGCGUUUAUUUCACUAAUGCAACUUAUUAUUUUUAAUUUUUCUUUUAAUUUUUACAAAUGCUUUCUUUUGGAAAUUCCGCAGUAAUAAAACAAAUAGUUACAAUAAUACAAAAAUAAAAUCGCUAUUAAUUUCAUUAAUUACAUUCCAUUUAUAAUUGACCCACCUAACGACAAAUAAUUACAAUUACAACAAAUAAAGGCUUGACAUAUCUUGCUUUGCACGUCUUGCAUCGAUCUCAUAUAUUAGUUUCACCUUUAAAUUUGCGUUACUGAAAUAAACGCACUUUUCGACGAUAUUCUAAUUUUCCGAGUUUCACCCAUAUGGUCAGAAUUGCCUACACCAGGGGAUAGGGAACUUUUAUUGCUCAGUAGGCCAGACCUUUAUCUCUCCCUCCUUCUGCAGGAGAACUCUGACAGGUGGCCGUGGUUUGGGGGAAAUCAUGUCACAGGCCAACUUGGGCUCCCUGGUGAGCCAUGAUUGACCUGUGGGUUGGAGUUCCUCACUCCUGGUCUACACUAACUGGCAGACGUUGCCCAGGAUUUCUGGUAAGAGAGAGUCUUUCCCAGCCCUACCCUUUAGAUUCUAGGGAUUGAACCUCUGACCUUCUGCAAGCAAACCAAAUUCCCUACUGCUGAGCUACAGCCCCUUCCCCAUAGUCACAUAAGUGAAUUGCACACCUCCCCCCCCCAUGUAAUAAAAGCACAUGUGAAACAGCCUUUGCUAUAGUAAUUUUUUUUAAAAAAAAUCAUUUUGUAAAGAUGUUUCGUUAACUCUCUACACUGCGGGUGUACAGCUGCUAAUUUUAUGAGAUGCAUUUUGCCUCCAUUUUCUUGAUUCCGCUAUUCUGUUAACUAGGAAAGAUGGUAAGGACUUGAGUAGCUCAAAUUUAAUGUGGUACUGUGAGAUUUGUUUAGAAUCUCAGGAGAGCAUGUUUGAAAGAAUGGGUGAUCCAGCUGUUGGUGGGCUAUAUUGGGCAGAAAGCACACACUCCCCUGAUGGCAUAAUCCCUAUUGAGUCUUAUGGGAAAUUAUGACAUUUCUUUUUAAAUUUUAAUUAUCUAGCUUAAUAAUGGAUCUGCCUUUAUUAUUAUUAUUAACAUACAAUGUGCAUGUCCAUUUAUGUUUUGUGUAGUACAUAAAGGGCUAUGUAAACCGAAUGUAGCAAAUUACAUGUACUGUUGAAUCACUUAAAAAGCUAUUAACUCUGUUUAAUGAAAUGAAUAUUUGUUUUGUUUCUGUUAAGCCAGUUGGUUUUGAAAUGCAAUGGAAGCAACAUUGAAUGAUUUCUCCAAGCUCCACUCAUUAUUAUUGUCAUUGUUUUUUCAGUAAAACGUAAUAAUCUAUU